AACUUGACAUGGCGUCGCUCGCCUCGGGCAGAGAAAGCCACGGCUGUUGCUCGCUGUGUUUUAGUUGGGGAYAGGGCUGUGUUCACUCGCUGUUCGUGGGCUUUUCAGAACUUCUCGUCCAGUAAAACCGUCAGCACAACUAAAACUUCGCCACUCGCUCGGUAACUCGGGACGAUGAACGGUAAAUCGGCGAACGGCACGGCGGGAGGAAUGGCCUGCAUCGAGGGUCUGCCGCCGCUGCCGAAGAGCCUGAGCGGGCUGCUGAACUCGAGCGGCGGCUCGUGGAGAGAAAUGGAGCGGAUGUACGUGAAGAAAACCAUGAUCCAGGACGACCUGAGCCGAGGCAGGAACAGCGACAACCUCCUGGCCAACAAGCCGGCCAACCUGGACGCUGCCCUGGCUCUCCUCCGGAAAGAGAUGGUGGGACUCCGUCAGCAGGACAUGUCUCUGCUGUGCCAGCUGUGGUCGCUCCACGAGUCCAUCCAGGAGUACAAGGGCAGCUGCCACGACCUAAGCUCCGCCUCCAGCCUCAGCAUGAUGGAGAACGGCUUCUUCGACGAAGACGACGAGUUCUACCCGGAGCCGGGGGCCACGCCCACCGGGGAGCGGCCGGACGGAGACGUCGGGGACGAGACGCCGACCGUGGCGGCGGCCAAGAACGGCAACGAGGAGCGCUGGGGCUCGUUYCACGUCAACAUCUGACGCCUGGUUUCUGGGCUGCUGUUCUGCAGACAGAUUCAUUGUUUGGCUGGAGGGAAAGGAAAGACUUCAGGAACCUGUCAGAGUGUCUGGUUAGUUUGUUGUCCAACGGUGAACAAGUCCAGCCUAACCUCAGCUCCUCCUCAGGUCAAACACACAUCGUGCUUUUUCCUGCAGACCCUCAGCGUCAAACUGCAGAGAACAGACUGAAUGUUUUCCUCUCAAACUGAGAAAUAUCUAACUGUUUAUUAACAGCUGUCCUGCUUCUGUAUCAGCCAGGCUCAGCUUCUUUUUCUACUUUAAAUAUAUGAAAAAAAGUUUUAUUAUUUAUUACAUAAUAUAAAAAGCAGAAUAGUCUUUUUCUCUCUCUGUACUCUUAUUGAAAGUUUUCUGCUGCACCUCUAACCCAGGUACAGUCUCACUGCAAACCAGGACUUAUAUAAAAAAAAGACUUGUAACUUUAACAAUCAGGAGAUAAACGUCUGUGGACAGGCUGAUUGUGUGUUCUGGUGGUGAAAUAAUGUAUCAGAGGUGGAAUUACUGACAAAUCUUACAUUUUACCAUGAUUCUGACCAUGUGGUGCGAGUUUUACUCCCAUCUCAGUUACACUCAUCACUUCUCACAACCUGCUUUUUUAGCUUUUUUAACUUUUUAGCAAAAUAAGAGUUGCAGAAACUGGUGACCCCAUAUUUCUGGUUUGCAAAUUUUGAUAAUAACUCUGUUAAACAUGACAAUUAUGA